GAUUAGACACACGUAAUCCAUUGAAACCGACACAGUAACAUUAUCAUUUUUCAUUAUCAUCGCGUAACAUUCCGUUGUCGGAACAGUCCGCAGUUGUUCAACAAUCGUGAUUCAGCAUUAUAAAAAAACAUCUUUGCUUUAAAGCGAAAUAUAUAUAACAUUUUUGCCUUAUUAACUUAAUAAAAUAUCUGCAAAUAUGCCGGUUAAAGCCGUUUGUGUACUACAAGGCGAAUCCAUUAAGGGGACUUUAUAUUUCGAACAAACUAAUGAAUCUCAACCGGUACAAGUAACCGGAGAAGUUUCUGGACUUAAAAAAGGAUUGCACGGAUUUCACGUACACGAAUUUGGAGAUAAUACUAACGGCUGUACAAGUGCUGGUGCUCACUUCAAUCCUCAUGGAAAAGAACAUGGUGGUCCAUAUGAUGCUGUACGUCAUGUUGGAGAUUUGGGAAAUAUUGAAGCUGGAGAUAAUGGCGUUGCUAAAAUCAACUUAACUGAUAAGAUUAUACAACUUCAAGGAGAACAUAACAUAAUUGGUAGAACCCUUGUUGUUCACGCUGAUCCUGAUGACCUUGGUAAAGGUGGUCAUGAAUUGUCGAAAACAACAGGAAAUGCAGGAGGUCGUCUCGCGUGUGGUGUAAUCGGAAUUACAAAAUCUGGUUAAAUAUAUCAUAUUACAAAUAUAUGGUACAAUUAUAUGUAUGGCUUUAAAGAUUUAAACAGCUAAAUAUAUCAAAUAUACUCUCAUAA